AUGCCCGCUCUGGCCAUACCCUCGCAGACGAAUGCCUAUGUGUCGCCUACCGAUACCAGUGAAGCAACCUCCGAGGGCACCGAAAAGGAGUACUCUUCGCAGUCACAGACGCCUGACCAGCCGACGGUAGAGCCCAUAACGCCCACCGAGGAACUCCCCGCACCCGUUUCCGCCACUGCACCUCCGAAGCAACAACAACAAGAUGCUCGCCUUCCACCGGCUGCGACCUUCAUACGGCAGCCCCCCUCGCUACCCAUAUCAGACGAUAACCCCGACGCGAUCGCAUUACGGUCCGCGAUUGGCAUCCUCCAGCUGCAGCGAGAGAAGAGCAAGCGCGAUAUCAAAGCGUUAGAACAGUUGAAGGCGGCAGCGAUACGCGACCCCGAGGCGUUUGCACGGCACAUCCAGGCUCAGAAAGCCCAGACGGCGGCUAUCAACUCCGACAUCCUCGGCCCCACCCUUGCCGACACGCUUGGUGCGCGGAGUAGUAGUAGUACGGAAGCAAUGAAUGGUUCGGGGCGCAAAUGGGACGACCGCAAGGACUCUGCGAGUUUCUCGCCGCACGACCCACCUAUACCAGAGCAACUGCCGCCGAUACCUCAGCCGCAGAACAUUGUGCGGUGCCCGCCAAUCAACUGGGCCAAGUAUCACAUUGUAGGGGAGCCACUUGACAAGAUGCACGAGGAGCAGAAGAAAUGGCCGGGCGCGAGUGAGCCGCCGCGGACACAGCAGGGGAAGAGGGCGCCGCCGCACGCGGUUGCGAGUCCAUAUUCGCCCUUCACCGACGGGGUCGUGGAUCCCACCGCAGUGCCGGGACCCAGGGGAGUAAAGAAGUCGCCGUCCUGA